UCAGUGACAGUGUCGAUUGUUGUUCUGUGAUCCGUUGUUUCCACCUCCGAUAGUCAUAAUUCAUAGCUACAGCGCAAAACCUUCCCCGCCAUUCUGUUCGCGGAUUUUGUUUUUCAAUCUGGAAUUAUUGUGAUAAGAAAAACUUUUGUCGUGGCUCACCCGCGGUAGUGCGAUAUAUUUGUCGGUGUUCGUCAAGACAGCUGAUUAUUUUUUUAAUCGCUCCCGUCACGUCGCUUACUGUUUUUUUUUCUCGUAUGUUCGCGAUCUUAGCCGUCUUCCACCGCGGUUAUCCGCAGCGGAGACACCUGCAGUCGUCGUAGUUCGCGAACCGUCGCCUCGCCACGACUUCCAUUGCUACACCUCGGCAUAAUGGCGAAGGCUCCAGGAGAAAGCAAGAUACCUGUGCUUCAUUCUAACCAACUGAGAUCUCGAUUUUCUAAUAUUUCAAGUAAAGUCCGUUCACAUCUUGAUGGUUCCUAUCGCACGUCGUCUCCAUCUAUGCUGUUUGGACUUUUUAGCAAUACUGAAAAUAAAGUGCAUCCACCCACUCGUCCAUCUUCACUUUUUAAGCCUACUAGUCGUACCACAGUGACUGAAAAAGAUGUCGGAAGUUAUGUUGAUUUGACUCGCCAUUCGAAAACCGGYAUUCUUAGGUAUUUUGGUAAAACUGUCCUGGGUCCUGGGGAUUGGUGUGGAGUAGAAGUUGAAAAUGGACAUGGAGUUUGUGAUGGAUCUAUAUGUGGAGUAAGAUAUUUUUCUUGCCGUGAUGAAUGUGCAUUGUUUGUCUUGGCACAUUUGGUACGUAUAUCCAAAUGUCAAAAUGUUAUUGAACACAAAACAGAAGCUGAAAUUAUGUUUGACAAUGGCUGUACCUCCACUUUGGAAAAUUUGGAUUCAGAUAUUCUUAAAACAGAAUUUCCAUUUGAAUGCACUGACAGCCUUGAUAUACUAUCACCGGAUCAAAUGGUUGAAUUUAGAGGUGAUGAGGCAAAUUAUGACGUUCCAGGUCUUCUUUUUAAGAUGUCACCUCAUCAAUUAACAGAAUGUAUUUCUGACGGAGAUGUCACUAUGAAUGAUUUAGAAACGAUUUCUAUGCCUAAAGAYGACGAUUUAGUUUCUCCAGUUCUGUCUUCAGAACCCUCUAAUCAUACUAUAUCUGAACAUGAUAGUGCAAGUGCCUAUCCAAAACGCUCAACUGUUUCUUUUGGACAUGUUUUUUAUGAUAAUUUUACAAUUGAUCGGACUCCAUCGUUAGAAGAUUUGCCCAUGGAUGAUUUUUCGUCAAAAACAACAACUGAAGUGGUACCAGUCCCUAGUAUUCCUACAAUAAACACAGUAGUUACAAGCAUAACCAGCGUUAGUAGUCUUGAUACUGGUUAUCAAGGUGAUUGUGAAACUAGUCGUCCUACCAGUCGUGGAGCUAUGGUUAAACGAAUUGGACCAACCGAACCAAUGACAGAUUCAGACUUUUUCACUGAGAGUGAAGCAGAAGAUCAUUGUCAUCGUAAAGCUAUAGUUAUUGAUGGUACAUUAUACUCUGGCGAUGGUAUCAAACCUGAAACUCAACCAGAUAAUCAAAACCAUCCUGGUCCCACUAUUGAGGAAAUGGACUCAAGCGGUAUUUACUCUGAUUUUGACAGAAUAUUUGAAGAGCCACCUGCGUUCAAAGACAAUUCAGAACCAGUUUCUUCAAAUAAUUCAACUUCUCCCUCWUCUGUUAACAGYCAACAAAUUCAUUCAGUUKCAAUUGAUCAACCAUCUACUUCAACCAUAUCUGAAUGUACAGAAGAUGCAUCUAGUCCUGCUAGUAAACGUUACAAACGACCUACACCUGUGAAACCAAAAACCUUGGAGGUACGACAAGAUCAGGAAAAUAGAGCACCAAGAAUUAGAAAACCAGCAGGCCGUUGGGAUGCUGUAAUGAAUAAAAUAGAAAAAAGUAAAACUGAUCAGAAAAGCCGUGUCAAUCGGUUGAAGGAUGUCAAAAGCAAGAUAAAUUCUAUUAAUCCAUUAACAGUACCAUUUACUAACAGGUUAAAAGAUUCUCCCACUAAUAGUGAACCAUUGCCUGUCAGAUCUCAUCUUCAUAGAGAAAAUACACCAUUGAAAGCUAAAAGCCGUAGAACUAGAGGCCGUGGGGGAUCAGAAUCCAAUUUACCAAUGUCAGACCAACCACCUAAUUCUUCUAGGCAGAGGUGUAUUCCUAAGAGUUCUCAAAACAGUUCGAGAGAUAGUUCUUUUAGCGAUCUCAGUGGAGAAACCAAAAUUACUUUGAAACAAGCUACAUCACAUCCUUCUCUAGCCAUCUUUAAGAUGAUACGCAUACUGCAAGGUAUUUUUAGUUUUUUCAACCGAGUGAAAACUCUUAUAAUUGGAAAUUAUGGUCACAAUUAUUUUGAAGAAUUAUGUUUAGAUAAAAAUUUUAAUCUGCGCUCAUCGUCUGUAAAUGUUGUKGUACCAUCUGUGCGCAAACAUUUGACUACGCCCUCAAAAGGAACUCCUCAAAACCGAAGAUUAAACCCAGAUCACAGCCAAACGGUAACGAAACCCGAUGGCAAAACCACAUCGUCACAAGUUGGUAAAGCUGCAGCCCCUGCAGCAGUGACGUCAAAAGUCAAAGAAGUUAARAGAGAUAAUGUGGACCGAGAAACACUGCAAAUCGUUGAGACACAGCUGGACCAUGUCACCAAGGGGUUUGAAGCGGUAUCAGUACUCUUCCAGUACCUCGUCAACGACAUGGACGCUCUGUCCACCACAAGGCUGAAACAACAAUUGGACGCAAAUCGCAACGAAUUAGUAUCCACUAAAUGUUCAUUGGAUGAAUCUCGGGAGAAAUGUAAUCAGUAUCAAGAAGAAAUUAAUAAACUCCAAAAAGAAAUCGAAGACUACAAGAAAAAUUUAGAAGUUAAAGAAAAACUCGUUGAUGAAAUUACUUCUCUAAAAGAAACAGAAAUCUAUGGAUUAGAAAAGAAGCUCGAAGUACAGGCUAAUAAUUUGAGAUUGCAAUUCGAUGAAGAACUCAACAGACACAAGAAUGAAUCAGAUGAGGAUAAAAUGAAACUGAUAAUUUCGCAUGACCAGCAAAUCGUCGAGCUGCAGCAGACCAACAAACUCGAACUGUCCCAGGUGCAAAAAUCGGCGACGGAAAAACAGAUCGAGCUCACCCAAAGGGUGUUGGUGUUGGAGAACGAACGUGAUCUGUUAAAGUCUGAGAGGGACGCACUGAAAGAAGAGAACCAGCGGUUGAUCGAGGACAAAAAGCUACAGAACACAAGUCAGGGUUACCAAAAACUAUUAGACGAAGUAGAAUCGUUAAGGACUGUACUAGAAUUGAAGAGUUCUGAAAUGCAAGAUCUCCGCAAGCAAAACGAAAAAUUGCAGAGAGAAGGCGACGAUUUACCAGCGAUCUUACAAAAAUUAGAAGCGGCCCAGUCUCGAGUUGAAGAUUUAAACGUACAGCUACAGAGAAAGUCAGAAAUCGAAAUGCAACUCAGUCAAGAAAAAGAUCAAAUGGCUCGGGAAAUAGACUUGGAGAAACAAAAGAAGAAACGGCUUUCAUGUCACAACGAAGAACUGCAGUGGAAACUGAAAAAGAGCACCGAAGUGGCUAACCAUUUAGCUGUGUCAACAAAGAGAUUGAGCCAAACGCCUCAAGACCUUGCGGCUAUGAGGGAGGCACAAAACAACUACCAGAAACUCUGCAGCAGGGAGAGCUCAAAUUCGGAAAACAGCGGUGACGAGGACACGAUGAUCAGCCAACUGGUGGAGGUAGACUCGGAGGCACCGGCCCGAAUACUGGGCGUGAUGAAGAAGAACGAUUCGUUGUCUUACGUGUUCGAGGUGGAAGAGGAACCAUCGGAGAUCGCCACCCGGCUGGUGCGCCGGGCCAGCAGCCUGCGGUCGGUGGGCAAGUCGCGGACGCGCGCCCGCGGACCGGCUGGCGGUGAGAAGCGGUCCCGGGCCAGCUCGCAGUCGGGUGGCGGAUCGUCCGACAAGUCGGUAGAACUGGACUCGGCUCUCACCCGGAACCUGGACGAGCUGUUCGCACCUGGCCCGACCGACCGGUACAUGAGUGACUGUUUCACGUGCAGCUCGGAUUCGUCCAACUCGUCGCCGGAACACCAMCACCACGUGGUGCAGGCCUACGAACAGAACCACCACGGUCCGUCCUAUGUACAGGUGGUCGCCGAGCAGUCUGGUGGCGGCGGCGGUGAUAACGCACCCCAGGGUGGUGGGCUGGCCAUCGUCUGAAAACAUUUUAGUCGUCGUACGCAAUGGGUGACGGGGGCAUGGAAGGAAAGUCCAAAGCGAUAUAGAUCCUUAAAUAUCAUGUUCGCGCACAAUACACAUUCUCUGUUAGAAUAAUUUUUCUCUCGUUAGAUUGUGCCAAAAACCAUACUGAUGUUCUUAUUAUAUCCACAAUUCAUAUUUAUAUUAUAAUAUUAUUAUGUGUGUUUAAUAUAAAAAUCAAAAUACUUUUUAA